CGUGGCAGCGUCAUUAUUUGACUCAGAAACGGUUCGUUUAAGAUGGGUUGGUUACGUUGCAUUUAACCGCUAUUAUCCUAGGCGGAAUAGAACAUUAAUAGCUCAUUUGACGCAAGUUUUUAUUGUUUUGGAUACAAACUGUUAUAACAAGGACUUUGAAGAUAAAAUGAGUCAUUCGCUCUUAAACCGUUGACGUGGUUUAGUCUAGGAAACAGUCAUCUUCGAUUAACGUUUGCCAACUAUAGCGGUAUGAGAAACACGGAAGAGAUCAGAAAUAGAGCUUUACGCAACAGACCAACUAAAGAACACACAAAGGAAGUCCUCGAAAUUAUUCGAAAGCGAGCGGAAGAAGAUGUUGACUCAAACGUUCUCUUUGAUGAAGGCUUGCUGAGAAGAGCUUCGGUAACCCGACCGAACGAACCCUUGCCAUCGAUUCGAGUCGAUCCAGGCACUGCGAAGAGACGAAGUUGUCCCGCUGACUUGAACAACGAAGAGGCCGACUUCAUUCCGAAAUAUCGAUGGAGAUCGUUAAGCGAUGCACCUCUGCUUGAACGCGAGGGUCGUUCACCCGGUGAUCGCUUGGCAGCUUCACCUGCUAGAAGUGAUACUUGUAGGAAAGAGCGACGAGUUUCGCUUCUUUCAACCAAUCUUCCACCUUUGGAAGCUGAGCUGAGGCAUAAUCAGUUGGAACGACCCAGCUGCGUUCCAUCGCUACACCGUAAUGAUGUACUCAUACUGCCAAAGGGAGCUAUAAACGUCAACUCAAACUAUGAGGACGAAGAUCUGUUCACAGUGAAUGGUGUUUAUCAUCAUGACGAAAACCGUAGAUGAUACUGAAUUGCGGAUUUCACCGAAACAAUUUGACACAAAAUCGUGAAUAAUACCACCGUUAAGCGAAGUGUCUCAAGCUCACUGUGUGAACUCAGUUUGCGAGGUAUUUCUGUUGAUAAGGAGACUUUGUUGACAUCAACGACAGGGAAGUCAAAGCUGUAUGAAAUGCCACGUGUAUAAUACAAGCCAAGACUCUUUGUACUUUGUUUAAAGGUGUCAAAUACGUACUGUUACUAUUCUCGAGCAGGACUGCAUUUGUACAUUAUUUUAAAUUCUCAUUGAACGACAUUUUCAAACAACUGAAAACCCGACGGCACAAAAGUUUGCGAGAAGAAUUUACUUUACACAACUAAAUGGCAAACAGUUCGUUAUUUGCCGUAAACAAAAUGAUGCUAACAGUGGUUAUAAUCACCUCCGCGGGGGUAGAUAACUACUUAAGACUGUAUUAGACUCUGUAAGUUAACAAUGCGAUCGUGUAAAAAUAUGUACAAAGGAACUGCUGAUUAUUUUUCCAACUUCCGCAAAGCUGAAAAAAGUUAGCAAAACUUUCAUGAAAACAAAAUACUUUAAUUUAAAACACAACACCAAUAUUUGAAAUAUUUCGAACAAACUAGAAGGGAUCUUGAAUCCACAUCUUUGUUGGUUGUUUAGAUUCAUUGAUCGUUUAAAACAAAGAAGAUUAAUCAAGUAUGGCGGGGUAGGCUAUUAAUAUUAUUAUUAUUAGGAAACAAAAUGUUCCUUUGUUUUGUCACAAUUUAGAUUAGAUAACGAUCUUUCUUGACGCAGUUGCAAGGUUCAUUGUUCCAGCUGCCUAGAUAGCGAUAAAGGCUUGGACGAAAGUUUGAAAAGUUUCAAUUUUAGUUGAAUUCUUGAAGAGCCAGACAUCAAUACGAACACAUGUAUACUGAUUAAAAUUUUGGAAA